UCAGGACAAGAAGUGCUGGGAUAUUCCGAACUUGAUCCUCCAUGGGCUCGGCGUUCUUCAAGUUGUGCUGCUGCUGCUGCUGUGCCGCCGAGGACGACGAUGAGAAGCAGCCCUUAGUGGAGACUCCGGAUCCAUUGGAGUAUUUUAACCGCGAGGUGCAGAAGCGCCGUGACGAGGAGGCCAACUUGUGGAGCGAGCCGGGCGACCCCAGCCACUCGGAGCGGGAUGACGACAGGGCGCUUUACUCAUUGCUGCAAGCCCGCAACAAGACCCGCAUGGGAUCCACGGGCUACCGCCGCCUGAGCGUGGACAUCGAGGCCAUGCGAGACACACGUAGGGAAGUCCGGGACAAGUGGAGGACCAUCUUGGAGAACCUUGGCUUCAUGGCCGAGGCCGACUCGCUGCUGACCGUGUCGGCCGGCGCCUCGCUGGACCGCAUGCGCAAUGCCGCGGCAGCGCGCUCUCUCCUACAGACGCUCCACACCGAGACAUCGCUCUUUAGCAGCAGGGAGCUGCCGCCGGAGAGAUACCUCUUCAUUCUGGAUCGCUUGCUGUACCUGGACAUCGCCGAGGACUUUGUGGCCAAGGCCAGGCGCUUCUUCCCGCCCCGGGACAACUCGGACGAUGAGGACGAGCCUUCCGGCGCCAUCAACCUUCCGCUGCUGCUGGCCCGCGUGGAGGCCAUGAACGGCGGCCUUAACGAUGACGACAGUGGGGGGAGUCUGGAGAAGCCCUGAAGGGUUGUAGUACCUCCAGACACCCGGCAGGGGGCGGCAUACUUCAAGGUUAAAUAUUCGCUGUAAGGUUGAUAAUCAUCAGGGCGUCCUAUGAGCAUCACAUGACUAGACAACCAGUUGCCUAUCCAAACAGCUGACUCGCUCAAGUAUGUUUGGAGAAUAGAAACAAGUCAACUGUUUGCACGCUGCUCUCUGUCUUUGGCCUGUUCACAAUGAUAACAAAUAAAAGUUGCAAGCCUUUCGGAGUCCAUCCUGAGUCCGCGUCA